AUGCUACCGAGGCUUGAGCCAAACGCAGUGGUUAUCAUAGAUAAUGCCAGCUACCACUCAAGACGCCAGGAGAAAAUCCCAGUUACUAGUUGGAAAAAACCAGACAUCCAAGAAUGGAUUUCAUCAAAGCAAAUUUCUUUCGAGGGAAAGGAAACGAAAGUCCAGCUCUUGGAAAAGGUUAAAGUCAAAACUCUGUACCAAUCGCACGUGGUCGAUGAGAUGGCAAAAGCAGUUGGUUUGGAGGUAUUAAGAUUACCUCCAUACCACUGCAAAUUAAAUCCCAUCGAACUAGUGUGGGCAAACGUCAUGGGGUAUGUGGCCCUGAAAAAUACAACAUUUAAGAUGGCGGAUAUUAAAAAACUGCUCCAGGAGGCUUUAGGAAAAAUUUCAGCAGAAAACUCAACAUCCACUCCUUCUUAUCUCAAGGAGAAAUUUCAGUAUUAUAUUUCCUCAACGCAUUUUUUUAUAGGACAAGGGUGA